AUGGAUUCGGAAGAUCAGGUGCCCAACGUGCAGAGUCUGAAGACUCUGGAUGAACAGACGAGGGAGAGUCUGCUACCGCGCAACCCAGUCAUGUCGAGAACCGGGUCUUCAACGUCGCUGUCUAGUCUUGUUACGACUAACACGACGCACUACCAAAAUUGGCUGAAGACGUUUUAUGCGAACAAACUGAACGAGGUGAUACACUUUCGCGAAGCGGGCCAUGUGGUAACCAACUAUAAUUAUAAGAUGGACGAUGGUGACGACAUGGAUGACAUAGUUGAGCCCUGCCUGCUCGACUGCCACACGGAGGAGGGUUUUGUUAUGGCUGCCAUGCACCUGAUUCUGCAUCGCAUAAAGGCGAAGCAGGCUGAGUCUCCGACUUCGAUUGUGACUAUUGGUUUGUCCGGUGGCAACACCCCGAGGGCCGUGUUCCGGUACAUGUCUAACAUGGAGAAUCUCGACAUUGACUUCAAUCGCAUAAUAUUCUUCCUAGUGGACGAGCGUUAUGUUCCGCCUACUGACGAGCUGUCUAAUCAGCGGCUUAUACGGAACACGCUGCUGAAAAACUGGCCGGUGCCCGAGUCGCACAUCAUUUUCCCGGACACAACCUUGCCUCUGGAAGAAUGUGUGCGCAAGUAUGAGGCGGAUCUGGAGCGCGUUUUCGGCAAGUUGGAGCCCUCGGCAACGGCUGCGGUUGAUUCUUCGCCCCAAUCCAAAGUGGUUGGUAUGGCUAUGAGCAAGAGCACGCUGAAGCCCGACUUGAUCACGCUGGGCAUUGGCGACGAUUUCCACAUUGCUGGCCUGUUCCCGGAGUUUUUAUCCACACUCGAGCCCUCGCAAGUAACGGACUGCAAGGAACGUGUCAUGAUCACCCAUACAGACACGGCGGUGGUUCAUGACCGGUUGACCCUAUCACUGCCUUUCCUGUGUUGCGCAAAGAGCAAGCUGUUUUUCCUCAAGGGGGAGCGUAAGAAGCGCAUUUGGACGACCAUGCUGCAAUACAGACACGUUGACCCGAUACGUUUCCCGGCUACUCAGAUCUUCACGAAGGCUGGAUGCGUUGCAGUGUUGGACUCGUCGACCAUCCGCCGAAUCAGACGUAAAGUUCCGCUGGAGCAAUCGGACUGCCUAACUUUCAUUUUGUUCGGUAGCACUGGCGAUUUGGCUCGUCGCAAGCUCUACCCAGCUCUGUUCCAUCUCUUUUAUUUGGGAUUCUUGCCAACCAAAUUCCGAAUUUUGGCAGUGAGCCGGUCGCAUCAGUCGUUUGACGAAUUUUUCGAGACGGUCUCCAAGGACAUUUUCGCCUCUAUCAACACCACGAUUUUCAUGUGCGAAGCGGCGGCGCGAUUCGAUUUCCCCACUGUGAUUGCGGAAUUCAAGAAGAAGCUGGGGAGGGUGACCGUGAAGUACGACAACCCCCAAUCGCUCGUGCAGCUGAACGAGAGCUUGAACGAGAUUGAGUCGGGUUCUACCGUGACGCACCGUCUCAUCUACAUGGCCACGCCAGCUGAAGCCUACCAUCCCAUCAUGAAGAUUGCAACUUCGGUGUGCCGCCCCAAGGAGGGUUGGUUCAGGGUGAUGUUGGAGAAGCCGUUCGGGCGUGACAUGGAGAGCUGCCAGGAUAUCCAGCGUGUGCUGCAGCAGCACGCACAGCCCGAGGAGAUGUUCCUCGUGGACCACUACUUGGGGAAGCCGCUGAUAUCCUGUAUCAUAGCCAUCAAGCGUUCGCUGCGCUACAACCAUCUCUUCAGCAGACGGUACGUGAAGAGCGUGCACAUUAAAAUGAAGGAGCGCAUCGGCACGUUCGGGCGCAACUAUUUCGAGAACUACGGCAUUAUUCGCGACAUGGUGCAGAAUCACGGGUUGCAACUGCUGUCGUUGAUUGCGAUGGACAAACCCGACCGGCUGAAUGACUCUGUUGCUGACGAGAAGCGCAAGGUGCUGAGGGCCGUGCGCACCGUGCGUCUGGAGGACACCAUCAUAGGUCAGUAUACGGAGAGCGAGGAUGGCAGCGAGUGCGCGUACUUGCAGGAGAAGGGAACGCCUCCAGAUUCGCUCUGCAGCACGUUCUGCUCCAUGGUCAUGUACGUCGAUAACGACAAGUGGCAGGGCGUGCCGUUCGUGAUAACCACCGGCAAAGGUCUGGAUGAGCAUCUGUGUGAGGUGCGGCUUAACAUGAAAAGCAACUUCGCAGCCGAAUUUGGCGCGGACUUCGAGGCGCGCAACCUCGUUUUCCGGGUUCAGCCCAACCCUACUGUCUUCUGGUCCGUGGACUCCAGGCACUUCGACACGCAGCAAGAGAGUGAGAAGUUGGUGUUCACCAGCGACCAUGACACCGACAACAUGGGCCUGAAGGUGGAGGAGCGUAUCUUACGUGAUGUGGACUACAACCUGACCAAGCGUCCCGUGGUUGGGUGCUACGAAAUACUGCUCUACCACGCCUUCAGCGGCAAGCGCAACUACUUCCCUUCGCUCGAAGAAGUGAGCGAGUGUUGGCGUAUUCUGACCCCCGUGCUGCACGAAAUUGACGAUAAGCGCGUGCGCCCGAUUCUGUACCCGCGUGGGUCGAGCGGGCCCAAAGAGCAGGAGCGUCAUUUACAGCUAUUGAAUUCAAUAUGA